AUUUUCAUGGUGAAGGAAAGUCAAGAGAAGAAGCACAAGUACAACAUAAUGGAGUCUGUAGGGCCUUUUGAAAUGGAAAGGAAAUUUCAGGCUGAUGAUUAUGAUGAUGCCAAGAAAACGGGAGAAAAAAGCUGGGUUGAAUCCAGGAAGAUGUGGAAGAUAGCAGCACCAGCCGUUUUGACAGCAGUGGCUCAGUUCUCCAUUGGCUUUGUCACGGUUGCAUUCAUAGGCCAUCUUGGGUCUACGGAGCUAGCUGCUGUCUCUAUUGUUCAGAAUGUGAUUGAAGGAUUUGUCUAUGGAAUAAUGCUAGGUAUGGGAAGUGCCCUUGAGACACUCUGUGGUCAAGCUGUUGGAGCUGGAAAAUAUGAUAUGCUUGGAAUCUACAUGCAAAGAUCAUGUGUCCUUACUCUUGUAACAGCCUUAUUGCUGACACCAUUUUACAUAUUCACAUCACCUUUACUGAAGUUACUACACCAGAAUACAAGUAUUUCAGAACUUGCUGGAAAGUAUGCGAUAUGGGUGAUUCCUCAAUUGUAUGCUUACGCGCUCAAUUUCCCUGUUGAAAAAUUCCUCCAAGCUCAAGGAAAAAUAUGGGUUAUGACAGUGAUUAAUCUAGUUAUAUUGGCACUUCAUGUUGUACUAAAUUGGGUGCUGGUGACAAAAUGCGGGCAUGGCCUACUUGGUGCUGCCAUAGCAGGGAAUAUCUCAUGGUGGCUUGUGGUUAUAGCUCAAUUUGUCUAUGUUAUCUCCGGUUACUUCCCUGAAGCAUGGACUGGAUUUUCCACAUUAGCAUUCAAAUCACUGUGGGGUUUUUUAAAACUGUCACUUGCAUCAGCUAUCAUGCUCUGCCUGGAGCUCUGGUAUUACACAGUGGUGAUUCUUAUGGUAGGGUGGUUAAAGAAUCCGGAAAUUGCAGUAGAUGCUAUAUCAAUCUGCAUGAACUUGCAAUUAUGGACACUGAUGAUCUCUCUAGGUUUCAAUGCCGCAGUCAGUGUGCGUGUUUCCAAUGAACUAGGAGCUGGUCGUCCAAAAGCUGCAAAAUUCUCAGUUGUGGUUGCUGUAGUUACAUCAAUGAUUGUUGGAGUUUUCUUUACUGCUGCAGUUAUUGCAGCUAAGAACCAUUUCCCCGUAUUGUUUUCUAGUAAACCUGAGGUCAUAAAGGAGACAUCAAAAUUAGGGUACUUCUUGGCUGCGACCAUCAUUCUCAACAGCAUCCAGCCUGUACUUCAUGGGGUGGCAGUUGGAGCUGGAUGGCAAUUUUCAGUUGCAAUCAUAAAUAUAGUUUGCUACUAUGUAAUCGGCCUACCAAUUGGUGCCUGCCUCGGUUACCUUGCCAAUUUUGGAGUGGAGGGGAUCUGGUCUGGGAUGUUGUUUGGCAGCCUCCUUCAAACAGUAAUUUUGUUGUUGAAAAUGUUCCGAACUAACUGGCAUGAAGAGGCAAUCCAUGCUGAGGAACGCAUAAAGUCAUAUGCCAGCACGCCUUUGCAUCCAAAUAUAGUAGAGCAAACCAGAUGGUGUGAUACUUCACAUCUGCCCCUAGUGACAUGACGAGCGAAUCAGAGUAUCACCGAGGGAGUAUGAAAAUAGAGCAAGCACGGCAUGUUUCUGACUUGAGUGAGAUCGGACAAAUUUCUUUUGGCGAAUUAUCUGUUAUUUUUGGUCAGCACUACAAUAGAAAGUUUUUCAUAGUGUUGGACCUGACUGAAAAACUUAGACUUCAUGCCCCGUUCCUGGUGUUUGUCCACACGACAACCACUGCAACAAGCUGUGAGUCCAGACGCGGUAAUGCAAAGAGAUCUUCAACUUGCCUAUGUUCUUCAGGUUGAGAGAUAUCUUUCUUUAUACGAACAUGCAUGGUAAAUUUAGGCGGAAAAAUUGUAUUACUUCCUGAAAGAAUUACGUUGGCUUCUAGUCUUUUAAGUGUAGUAAGUUUUUCAAUAUUCUUUUACAUGGUGCUAAAUGAAACACUAAUAAA